GAAGCGAGAAUUUCGGCCGAAUCUUUUAGCACAACCACAUCGUCUUGUUAGGGCAAGAGCCAACACGAAAUGAAAAGUGUAAAGUCACACAAAUCGUUUUCUUCACUAGAAUCAUACGGUUCCGGAAAAAAAACACAACUGAGACACUUUUAAAGCCUGCGUUAUUGCCAUCCCCCACCGCAUAAACACACACAAACACACACACACACACACACACACCCCGCUGCGUCAGUCUCAUAAACUCGCCUGAGCCUCCCUCAGAAGGAAACGCUCACUCACAUUCACUCUUUGUUCUACGCGUGUAUUAACUGAUGGCGAUAAAAUCUUGGCUGGCUCAACAAGCGACAUUGAUGCUGCUCUUAAUGACCUGGAGGGAGAGCGUGCAUUGCAAUGGAUUUACAGUGGAUCCUCCUGAGGACCUUGUGAUACUAGACCCCGGACAUCUUGGACAAUUGGAGAUUACAUGGAGCCCCCCAGCCAGCUUGAUUAAUAUGACAGAGUGCCCAAAACUGUAUCAACUGGAGUACUUCAACACAUACAGUGACAGUUGGAAUGCUGUCAGGAUGAAUAGGAGGACGUACAGUGUCCAAUUUGAUCUGAUGAAAGAUGUUAGGGUGAGAGUGUACACCUUGCUGAGUGGACCCUGCACCAACGGCACUAUGACCAAGAGCGCAAGAUACACCGAACUGAUCCAGAAACCUCCCAGCACAGGUGUUGUGGGUACCGCAGUCCAGGAUUUUGUCUGUGUGUAUCAUAACAUGAAGUACAUGGAGUGCAGUUGGGGAAAAGGCCCAGAGACCCCUGCCAACUCACAGCAAAGUCUAUAUUUCUGGCACAAGAAAAUGGAACAGGCAGAAGAAUGUCCGAAAUACGUGUUAUCGAGUGGAGUCAGGAGUGGCUGCAACUUCACAGGGAUGUCUUUCCCCGAUUUCACUGAUAUCAGCUUCUGUGUAAAUGGUUCCUCUCCCGAAGGGCCCCUGAAACCAACAUACAUCUCCCUGCAAAUCCAAAACCACGUGAAGCCUGACACUACAGAGAAGCUGCAUCUGCAAACAGGUCCAGACACGCAGCUGGAACUACACUGGGACAAUCCUGUUGGCAGUGUUCCUGGACACUGCCUAGAAUGGGAGGUGGAACACAAUCAAGAGGGACCUGAUGGAAAAAUUGCAUUGGAGCCGAUUUUAACCAAACAGACCAGCCUAACUUUGUCUUCCAUCGGUGACAAUGAGAGACAUUGCUUCAGGGUUCGGUCCAAACUGCAUAAAUAUUGUGCCGAUAAAAGUUUUUGGAGUGAGUGGAGUCCUCCGACAUGCCGCCCAGCCACAUCAACAAGUCCUUGUGAGUCACGUUAACUCUGGAAGACGCCGAUGUUGUCAUCAAAUAGUAGGUUUAAUUUUCAUAUUACUUUAUGAUAUUGCAAAACAUAAAUUGCAUGUUUUCAUGUUUUCACGGUCAUGUCAAUUUUAAUUUGAGUUUAAUUUCUUCCAUACCAUUUUUAGAGCUAAAGAGGGUUUUGUAGGUUUUUAUGUAAUAAUCCAUUAAGAUUUUUACUGAGAGCGAUAGAAAAUACAUAUAAUCUGACAAUAAAUGCUGUUUUGUGGACAUCUUAUUCUAAUGUGUUACAUUAGAAUGAGACAGCAUAUUAGACAGCAUUAAAACAUCAUUGUCUGUUUCAAACAAACCAAAAUCACUAUAUGUACUAAAUUUCUAAUUUGUCCUUUUUUUUAACAGUCACAGAUGUUUCCAUGGUCUGGUCCUUUGGAGGGAAGGAUUAAGCUUCAUCUUGAAUUUAGGCUUCAGAAAGUACUGGCAACAUCCUGAACAAUUUGGAGAUGUGAUAAUAAUAAUAAUAGAAGGCUGUUCCAAUUGCACUUUCUGUCAGUUUAUUUGGGGUAAUUUGAUUGAUUUCAAGUCUCUGUUUGUACAUAUUACAGACAACAUCAACCAAAUUGAUAAGCACCCUAAUGCUUCUUCUAAGGAGUCUUGUAGACUCUCUCUCUAUGUAAAUCUAGUUUAAAAAUCUUUAUUAUUUAAGUUUAUGUUGAAUGUACAUUAUUCACAGAUGUACCAUAACAAGCACAAAUGGCUCUUAUGAGAGGGAUGUAACUUUUCAACAACCGUCAAGGUAGAAGUAUUCUUUGAAUGUUUAGUUUACAAAAGUGUAGAAAUACAACCUGAACGGUACAGUUACUGAAGUUAAUUGAGGUAACACUGACUGCGGCACUUUAAUAGCACAGGAGAUAAUCAUGUCUUUAUUGCACCACUGGUAGAUCAUACUAUCUGGAUGUCUUAUCAGUAUCCUUGUGUCUACACUUUUCAGGUAUAGAGUGGGGGUUAUCCACAGCAAGGACUGCAGGGCACAGCUCCUUAAUUUGUGUGAGAAAAAAGGGGCCAAUAGAAUGAUUGAACUGCCUAAAAACCUUUGGAAGGGGAGGUUGCUAACGCUAGUUGCUAACGCUAGCCCUAACAAAAAAUGCUAACGCUAUCUAGCUAAGGCUACAUGAAAUGCUACAAAACACUACCUAAAAGGCUAAAAAUAAACACUACAAAACACAAAAAAUCCAAAAAUCUUUGCUAACAGUAGUUAGCUAACGCUAAUAAUACUAUAAAAAACAAAAACUGAUAUUCGGUUUUUGUUUCACAAGGCAACCGAACUCCAGUCACCUGGGUGAGGGUCGCCUAAUCAUCUAACCAUCCUCUCUACCCACCACCUACAAAUAAUGAAAGCAGAGCAAAUCCAACAAAACCCUUGUUAAAAACAUCCCUCAACAAUAAAUAAAAUUCAAAUUGUAUUCUUAUACCAGAACAAAGCUUGUUCUCCUUUCAAAACAGAAAAAAAUAUAUACAGUACAAUCCACUAUACUAUCUCCACUGACUUAUGGAGAUAUCCUGUAUGUUUGUGCGGCUGUACCGAGCUGCGGAACCCAUAGGCAGCUAUAUGUGUCCUGAAAUACAGGAAAAAUGGUGAGACAGAGACGUGCUGUUUCUUUGCUGAAAUCUCUGCAGUUAUUUAUUAAUGUACAUUUCCUUUAUACCAUCAGAAUCGUCUUUGUUUCAAUUUACCAGUAUUUGUCAGUACUGUACAUGUCUUCUCUUCCUUGACACAUUGUUCAUGUCCUUAACAUAACAUACAAUAAAAUUUGAAACCCAAAAAUAUACUCAUUUUACAUCCUCCAUUUCCAUUCAUACAUUCAUCUGUCCAAAUACUUUUGGCUGUUACUGCAGUGCAACAGACGUGAGAUAUGACUCGCUGACAGUAUAACUGUAUUCAUCACUAAACAUAUAAAUAUGUGUACAAUUAAAGCAUUUUCAAUACAGUUUUACAAAUAACACAAUUUCAGAAUAUUACAACAUGCUACAUAGUUUAUGGAGCUAGCCAGUAUUACUCUAACCCAAAAUAGUGAAGACGUGUGGCCCAAGCUAGCAUCUUACAUGCUCAUUAACCAUAUCUCCAAAACCUGGUCAUUUUACUUUUGUACUUGCACUCAACUUAUCUCUCAGCCUUAGCUAACAAACUACAGCAAUUUAUGUGAUGUUUUAACACAUUACCGAAAUACAGGAAAAAUGUUGAGACAGAGGGACGUGGCCAUGCGCUCUUGAUCAUGGUCCCCGAAGGUAAAGCAGUCUCACACUGCCGGUAGGCUGCUACAGCAGGCCAACCAUUCACACUUUUAAGCCAUUUUACUUAUUUUUCUGCACAUAAAAUCCUCUUCAAAUAAAGGAAAUAAAAUACAGAUAUCAUCUUAGAUGAUUUUACACCAUAAAAUCAAAUACUACAAAUGUGAUCACACUCUUGUGAGCAUCACACUUCCACUACCACUGGAUGUCAAUUGAUUUAUUAUAAUUAGGGUGAUCAGAUGAGAAUGAAUGAAAUUUGUGUGUGUGUGUGUGUGUGUGUGUGUUGGAGGGGCUACCGGUACAUUCAGUGUCAAUGAAUAUUAACACGUGAAAAUCAAAACACAACGCUAACAACUAUGGAUAUGCAACAGUGUCACAUCUGUCAGAUCCCUGUCCACAAACCAAACAAAAAGGGGAAAAGAGCACAAGUGCUACUUUGUGGCUAUAACAACGCUAUUGACACAAUGUAGAGAUAACCUGCAACCAAUGCUGGAGCAAGAGAACUACACAACGAUCAGUAUUUGAUGUUUAAUUAGGCUAUAAAUCAACCUAAUUCUACUCAAGACUGCUAUCACACUUUUUCAUGAGUUAGGUGAAAAGUGAAGUUAGAAACAAUCAACACCCACACUCAGGGACUUUAAUGUUCAUCUUGUUGAUUUUUUAGCUUGUGUCUAUGUGUGUGUGAAUGUGUAAUGUUGAAUAAAUGUAAUUUAUUCUCAAGUCUCUUGUAAAAUGGAAUCUUAGCUAAACAAAGCAUAAUAAAAUGUACUAAUGUAAUCUUUUUGGUUAAAUUCAGUGAAUAUUUCCUCAUGGUUUACUAGCUCUCCGUUUUGUGUGUGCUCUGAAAAAACAUCUGGUUUUCCCACCCUGCACUGCCUCUGUAAAUGGUAAACAAAGAAAGUGGUGUGGACCUUCCCCACAACAUUGUUCCAGCCAGUCAGCAACAGGUGGCAUUAGUGCUUGUGUACAGGAGGGAUGGGGUGGAGGGGGCCAUGGGAGAGAGAGUUCUAUACACAGACACACUUAAGCAUGCUGGACAGCCAAAGAGGAAAAGGCCUGAAGAGUAUAAACAGUAAACAAAGUUAUAUGACCAGGCAAGAGUGAAGGCGUUUCAACGCUGGAGAAACCUCAGAGAUUUAAAAUUUGGGGGACGGGGCUUCUGAAGGAGGACUGAAGGGAGGGGUGUGUUUGUUAGUUGAGUUCAAAUAUCAACAAUCCUUCUGCAGAAACACUUACUCUCCCUUUAAUCUGCAGUGCAGUCUGCAAAUAUUUCUGCUUUUAAAACACCCACAUCGACAUUUGUACAUCCAUGUCCAGGUGAACAAUUUAUACUGUAUAUCUGUAUAUCUGCUUAGUCCCCUUCAACUUUGGAUGCUGAAAGAGGGCUCAAAGAAAGAGGAUGUGAAAGUCAUCAGUCUACCCUCUAAAGAUGUCAAACAAAAAAUGCUGUAAUACAGCACUAACAUAACAAAAAUGUGUUGAAAUCAUUUCUGCUUUGUUUGGACAUUAUUUAUGUAGAUUGUAGUUAACAUGUCUUUGUAAGAUUAAUUAUUAGGAUAGAUGAUAUGGAUAUGUAAACAAACUGUAAGCAAAUCCUACCUCAUG